UAGGACUGGAAGGAUACCGGGCUGGGUCUGGCCGAGCUGGGCUGGGUCUGGCUGAGCAGAGCCGAGCCGGGCAGAGCUUGACAGGGCGGCUCUGGGCGGAGGGGAGUGGAAGGCGGUGGCCUGGUGGUGGCGAGGCUGCGGCGACAGAGAUCAGGGAGAAAGUGGCUGCCGGCUGGAGCGCGACCUCUUGCCUGGUGGAAGCUCCAUGGUUCUUCCAUGGCGUUUCUUGCUCAACCCAGAGACAGCUGGAACAGGAGGGCUCAUUGAAGUCGAGAGCUUGCCAAAGGAAUUUCCCACACAUCACUACCAGUGGUCCUCUCUGAAGCUCAGGACAGGAUUUGUGGACUCACUUCACCUCAGACCAUGGCAAGCCAGGGCUUGCCCCUUUACUUGGCCACCUUGUUGACUGGACUCUUGGAAUGCAUCGGUUUCGCUGGUGUCCUCUUUGGCUGGACUUCACUGUUGUUUGUGUUUAAAGCAGAAAACUACUUUUCGGAGCCCUGUGAACAGGACUGCUUGCUCCGGAGCAACGUCACAGGGCCCUCUGAUUUAAAAGCGCAGGAUGAGAAGUUCUCACUCAUCUUUACCCUGGCAUCCUUCAUGAAUAACUUCAUGACCUUUCCCACUGGCUACAUCUUUGACCGCUUCAAGACUACUGUGGCCCGCCUGAUAGCCAUAUUUUUCUACACCUGCGCCACGUUCAUCAUUGCCUUCACCUCUGCAAACACUGCCAUGCUGCUCUUCCUAGCCAUGCCCAUGCUCGCAGUGGGAGGAAUCCUGUUCCUUAUCACCAACCUACAGAUUGGGAACCUCUUUGGGAAACACCGUUCAACCAUCAUCACCCUCUACAAUGGAGCAUUUGACUCCUCCUCAGCAGUGUUCCUCGUCAUUAAGCUGCUUUAUGAGCAGGGCAUCAGCCUCAGGUCUUCCUUCAUCUUCAUGUCUGUCUGCAGUGUCUGGCACCUUGUGCGUACUUUCCUUCUGAUGCCCAAGGGACAUAUCCCCUACCCACUGCCUCCCAACUACAGCUAUGGCUUGUGCUCCAGGUUUGGUGCUAGAAAGAAAGAGAAUAAAGCAGCUGAACAUGAAACCAAGGAGCUGCAGUCAAAGGAAUGUCUGCCACCAAAGGAAGAGAAUUCUGGACCAGAGCAGCAGCAGCAGCAACAGCAGCAGGAGCCACACUCUUUUCGACACUGCGCGCUCUCUCGCCGAUUCAUCUUGCACGUGGUGUGGCUGUCUAUCAUACAGUUGUGGCAUUACCUCUUCAUUGGUACUCUCAACUCUCUACUCACUAAGUUGUCCGGUGGGGACAAAGUGAAAGUCAGUGCCUACACAAAUGCCUUUGCCAUCACCCAGUUCUUUGGCGUGCUGUGUGCCCCCUGGAAUGGCUUACUCAUGGACCGCCUUAAACAGAAGUAUCAGAAGGCAGCCAAAAGGACAGGUUCCUCGUCUGAGGCUGUGGCUCUCUGCUCCAUGGUGCCUUCACUGGCUCUGACGUCUCUGCUGUCCCUGGGCUUUGCCCUGUGUGCCUCCAUUCCUGUCAUGCAGCUACAGUACGCCACCUUCAUCCUGCAAGUGGUCAGCCGCUCCUUCCUGUAUGGAUGCAAUGCUGCCUUCCUCACGCUGGCAUUUCCCUCAGAGCAUUUUGGAAAGCUCUUUGGGCUGGUGAUGGCCUUGUCAGCUAUUGUGUCUCUGCUACAGUUCCCCCUCUUCAAAGUCUCCCCUGAGAGCAACGCGGUGUAUGUAUCGAUGGGGCUUGCCAUUUUUCUGACAUUGGUCCAUCCCUUCCUGGUUUACCGUGAGUGCCGUGCUGAGAAGACAAAAUCGUCUGUGGAUGCCUAGUCCACCCUCUAGCCUUGACGAUGCCUUUCCUGCUCAUUACUGGACUUUGAUGAUCCAGUAUCUACAAAGACUGCCUACCCAGGAGAACUGUAACAGGCAGUCCUAGUUUCUCUUAAACCACCACCACCACAACAAGAAACAAACAAAAACCAAAACCAGAAACAAAAACCAAGGCAUUCAGAUGCCACCCAGGACUUUGAUUUCCAAGACGAGAAUUUCAGUGGCCAAGCAGCCUUCACACCAACCCAAAGCAAAGAUUUGGAUGAAUUUUUAGUUACUCCCCGCACAGGGCCACAGCAGAGCUCAUUGCAAGGGACAGGGAGAUAUGUCACAGAGUCAGGCUACCCCAAAGGACUUGGGAUCCAACUGACUGGCUAGCCAGAAAGGUUUUGAACAGCACUUUGUAUCCUGCCUGUGAGCAAUGUCUCCUCUUCAGGAAAAGGGCUAUUCAUUGACUUAGGGCAGCUUUUAUAUAUAAUUAGCUUGGGGUUUGAGAGAUGGCUUAACUCUUAAGAGCACUGGCUGCUCGUCCAGAGGACCUGGGUUUGAUUUUUAGCACCCACAUAGUGGCUCACAAACUGUGACUGCAGUCCCUCCAUGGAUACUGCAUGCUUGUGCACAGACAUAUAUGCAGACAAAACAUCCAUACACAUUAAACAAAUAAAUAAUUUUUCUAGGGAAUACUUUUAUACAGUAAUAAAGCCUCUAUGUUUAAGACAA